CGGUGCGACGUUGAAAGGGGACACUUCCAAAACAUCAACUCGGGUCUGUUUGAUCAAAACAAAAACAAAGCAUCGGCUACUGGAAACCGUGAAGGACACAGUCUUGACUGAAGCCCUGCUUAAUUUCACCCCAAUCAUUCUUCCAGUCUUCAAAGAUUGCGGCACAACAUUCAAGGUUGCCACUGGAUGGCCGGUUCCUUGGGAAAUGGAAAUGGCAGCAACGGAGUUGCCUCAGGACCUCAUGACUUUUGAGGACGUGGCCCUGUAUUUCACGGAGGGGCAGUGGGCUUUGCUGGAUCUCAGUCAAAGAGCUUUGUACAGGGAAGUCAUGCAAGAGAAUUAUAACAAUGUGGCCUCCUUGGCAGGAUUUCCACUUACCAAGCCUGAUUUGAUCUCCUGGCUUGAGCAAGACCCAUGGCUUCCAGAUCAGCUAAUCUUGGAUCACAACACAGGCUUUCCUCAUGUGGUAAUAAAGCUGGAAAAAGAAGAGGAGCCAUGGAGCCUUCAUCAGCAGGAGUCUGAGAUUUUCCCAGGUAUCAUUUCAGAAUUUCCUGAUAAUAUCGUAAAACAAGAACCUGAAAAGGAACUGUGGGUCCAAGAUCACCAGGGAUCUGAGGAAAGUGCAAACAUUGCUGGUGACCAGCCAGGGUUUCCUGCUGUUAUAAUAAAGGUGGAACCUAAAGAGGAGCCAUUGGUCCCACAUUUCCAAGCACAUGAGGACAGCACAAGUGCCUUGGGUAUCCAGUCAGAAGAAGAGAGUCUUCUGCCAGAAAACACUAAAUUCCUGGCAGUGAAGAAGUUAUCCUUAGGAAUUAACCUGGCAGUGAAGAAGAUAUCCUUAGGAAUUAACCCAGUGGACCUCUCCCAGUAUUCAGCUAUCCCCAAGAAUCAAGACGAAGCAGAGAGGCACCAAAGAAACGCCCCUGGGAAGAGAACAGGAAAGUCUUCAAUUUGUGGGGGAGAAGACCUCAGUGAAACCAAAAUCCAAAAGAAAAUUCACACUUUGGGGAGAAGUCAUCAUAAAGAAGGGAAACAUCGUAAACAGUUAGACUGUGAGAACAACUUGAAUUGGAGAGACUGUCUGAUUUCUUAUAGCAAAGGCUGUAAAGGCAAAAAACCACAUACUUGCUCAGCCUGUGGUAAAAGCUUCACAUGGAAAAGUAACCUGACUAUCCACGAGAGGAUCCACACGGGAGAGAGGCCAUAUACAUGCUCCAUCUGUGGUAAAACCUUCAGUAAAAGAUCAUACUGUGCUGUACAUGAGCGGAUGCACACACAAGAAAAAACAUACACCUGUUUGGUUUGUAAUAAAAACUUCUUACAUAAAGUCAGUCUUAUUAGGCAUGAACAAGUCCACACAGGAGAGACACCAUAUAAAUGCUCAGGCUGCGGUAAGGGUUUUAGUCAGAGGAGUAAUCUUAUUUCACACGAAAUAAUUCACACAGAAGAAAGGCCAUACCCAUGCUCAUUCUGUGGCAAAAGUUUCAAACGCAGAUCAAACCUUGACAGUCACAAAAUAAGCCAUACACAAAUAAAAACAAAUAUGUGUUCAGUCUGUGGUAAAAGCUUUAGUCACAAAUCAAACCUUAUUAGCCACGAAAGAACACAUACAGGAGAAAAACCAUAUGCGUGUACCGUCUGUGGUAAAAGCUUCACUGACAGAACACAUCUUAUUAAACAUGAAAGAACACAUACAGGUGAGAAACCAUAUAUGUGCUCAAUCUGUGGGAAUAGCUUCAGCCACAGAUCAAACCUUAUUAGCCACGAAAGAACUCACACAGGAGAAAAACCAUACCUAUGCUCAGUCUGUGGUAAAAGUUUCACAGACAGAGCAUACCUUCUUAAACAUCAGAGAACCCAUACAGGAGAGAAACCAUACAAAUGCUCUGUCUGUAGGAAGAGCUUUAGUCGUAAGGAUUACCUUAUUAGACACAAAAUAAUUCAUACAGGUGAGAAACCAUACAUGUGCUCACUCUGUGGGAAGAGUUUCAUGUGGAAAAGUUAUCUAUCAAUCCAUGAAAGAAUCCACACAGGAGAGAAACCAUAUGCAUGUUCAAUCUGUGCUAAAAGCUUCAGUGAAAAACCAUACCUUACUGUACAUGAACAAAUGCACACACAAGAAAAAACAUAUACAUGUUCAGUCUGUAGUAAAAGUUUUGUUCGUAAAGUAAGCCUUAAUAGACAUCAACAAAUCCAUUCUGGAGAGACACCACAUAAAUGCUUAGUCUGUGGGAAAGCCUUCAGUCAAAAAUGUAGCCUUAUUUCACAUGAAAAAAUUCACACAGAAGAAAGACCUCACACAUGCUCAUUCUGUGGUAAAAGCUUCAAACGAAAAUCAAACCUCACCAGUCACGAAAGAAUUCAUACAAGAGAAACUCCCUUUAUGUGCUCGAUAUGUGGUAAAAGUUUCAGUUGUAAAGCACACCUUCUUGGACAUGAGAGAACCCAUACUGGAGAGAAACCAUAUUCAUGUUCAGUUUGUGGAAAAAACUUUGGUAAUAAAUCACAGGUAGUUAUUCAUGAGAGAAUUCAUACAGGAGAAAAGCCAUAUAUCUGUUCUGUCUGUGGGAAAAGAUUCAAACACAGAACAAGCUAUACUGAGCACCAAAAAAUCCACACAGAGGAAAAACCAUACAUAUGUUCAGUCUGCGAUCGAAGUUUCAGCCGUAAGGAAUACCUGAUUAUCCAUGGGAGAAUCCACACAGGCGAGAAACCAUAUUCAUGCUCAGUCUGUGGGAAAAGCUUUAAGCAGAAAUCAAGCCUUACAUUACAUGAGAAAAGCCACUUGGACAAAAUGCAACACCCGUGCACUGAAUGUGGAAAAAAUUUUAGUAGUAAAGCAUACCUGAGGAGACAUGAGAAAAUCCAUGCAAGAUAAAGAAUGCAUAUGAAGGAAAAUUCAUGUACAUGCUCUUUCUGAGGUAAAAGAGAGCUUCGGCUAUUGGGCGGUAUAAAAAUGUAAUAAAUAAAUAAAUAAAUAAAAACUUGAGUGGAUAGAAAGAUGAUUAAAUGGAAGAAAAUCCAUUCUGGAGAUAAAGCAUAUAAAUAAUGUGUGUGAAAUGCAAGCCUAAGAACUCAUAAAAUAUAUCUUUAUUAUGACAAACUAGGGUUUAAAUGCUCAAACUGAGAAAAAUAUUGGUCAUAGCCUGACCCUUUGGCAACAUUGCAGCAUUUGCCUGAGAGGGAAUUUUUAAAAAUCAGCAAGCCUUGUAAGAAUUCAUUAUCUCAUGAUAUAUUUCAGAAGGAGCAUCUUUCAUUUAACACACUUUAUUUAAGCAUCAGAAAGGGGCGGGGGGAGAAGUGGUCAUAAUUUUUAGUGACCCAGAAAUCUAUACCAGCAACAGAAAUAAUUCCUGUCAUAUUUAAUAAAUGUAUCAAUCAGGCUUUUGCUCCCAUUAGUACAUUAUUGCACAUAGAAUGCUAUUGCACAUAUAUUUUGAGAUUUUAAACUCUUCUUGUUCAACUACCUAAUUCCAUUUCAUUCAAACAGUUCAAACAUUAAUUGACAUAUUACUUUCUAAUUUCAAAUCUACUUUUGAAUACUUUCAUCAAUAGUAAAUCCCUAUGUGUGUGUUUGUGUGAGAUCACACUGCAUUCCACUGUGAGGUUUAUGAAAGAACACUGCUUGGUUUUAUUUUAGCUGCAGAUGUCAAAGAAUAUUAUAUGUAACUUAUUAAAUAAAACAUGAGAAAUUUA